CUCGCGGCCGGGCGGGGUCCGGCCCAGCCGCGGCGAGCCGGUCUCCCGGGGCCGCGGCGGCGGGGCCCGAGCCUGCCGUCUUGUCCCCACCAAGCUUCCUGCGUAAAUGCCGGGCGCGUUCCCCGCGCUCCACGGGGCCCGCCCGGGUUGCGCUCCCCGCUUCUGAGCCGCUCCGAGAUUCUCCAUAGGAGCUGGUAACAAGAAGCUGACUUUGAAACUGGAAUUCCUGAGGAUGAAAAUUCACAUAAUAUGAUGUCAGACAAACUCAUACUGAUGGAACCCCCUGCCCCCAAGUCUGGGGAAGUCCAUGAAGCCAGAUUAGGGCAGCUGUUGAGAAACCCAGAAGGGCAGAGCCUGGAGAGUCCUCCCUCUCAAGAGGGGGACUUCAGGCAGGUGACAGUGACCCACUGGAAAAUCCAAACAGGAGAGACAGCCCAGGUGUGCAGUAAGUCAGGAAGAGACACUGUACUGAACUCAAACCUUCUUAUACUUCAGAGGGAGCUCAUAGAAGGGGAGGCACAUCCUUGUGGUAUUUGUGGCAAAAGCUUCCCUUUUGAUUCAGACCUACUUAGACAUCAGAUUUCUCAUACUGGAGAGAAGUCUUACACAUGUGAUCAUCAUGGGAAAGGCUUUGGUCAGACCUCACACCUCACUGAGCAUCAGAAAGUCCACACUGGAGAUAGACUCUGUGUGUGCAACGUGUGUGGGAAAGACUUCAUCCACUAUGCAAACCUAAUUGAGCAUCAGCAAGUACAUGUGGGAGAAAAGCCAUUCAAAUGUGCUCAGUGUGGGAAAGCCUUCUGUCACAGCUCAGACCUACUUCGACACCAAAGGGUCCACACCAGAGAGAGGCCCUUUGAAUGCAAAGAGUGUGGGAAAGGCUUCAGUCAGAGCUCCUUACUCAUUCGCCACCAGAGAAUCCACACAGGAGAGAGACCCUAUGAGUGCAAUGAGUGUGGGAAGUCCUUCAUCAGGAGCUCGAGCCUUAUUCGGCAUUACCAGGUCCACACUGAGGUGAAACAGUACGAGUGCAAAGACUGUGGGAAGGCCUUCCGCCAUCGCUCGGACCUCAUUGAGCAUCAGAGGAUCCACACUGGAGAGAGACCCUUUGAGUGUAAUGAGUGUGGGAAAGCCUUUAUUCGGAGUUCGAAGCUUAUUCAGCAUCAGAGAAUUCAUACUGGAGAACGGCCGUAUGUAUGCAAUGAGUGUGGGAAGCGCUUCAGCCAGACAUCCAACUUUACUCAGCAUCAGAGAAUCCAUACAGGGGAGAAACUCUAUGAGUGUAAUGAAUGUGGGAAGGCCUUUUUUCUGAGUUCAUACCUUAUUCGACACCAGAAAAUCCACACUGGUGAGCGGGUAUAUGAAUGUAAAGAGUGCGGGAAGGCUUUUCUGCAGAAAGCCCACCUCACUGAACAUCAGAAGAUCCACACUGGGGACAGACCUUUUGAGUGCAAAGACUGUGGGAAGGCCUUCAUCCAGAGCUCCAAGCUGCUGCUGCACCAGAUUGUCCACACUGGAGAGAAGCCCUAUGUGUGCAGCUUCUGUGGGAAAGGCUUCAUCCAGAGGUCCAACUUCCUUCAGCACCAGAAGAUGCACACUGAAGAGAGGCUCUACCAGUACAGUCAGCAUGGCAAGGGCUGCGCCCCACCCCCAGGCUUUGUGCACCCAGAGGGCCUUUCCCUGGGUGAGGCCCCCACGCACUUGGCUAGGAGGGCCACAGGACAGGGGGACUGUGCAGAUAAUGUGUAGAAGAUCACUCUGGCUCUGGGAGUGGUGUUUGGCAGUGGGUGGAAUUAACAUUCAUGUGACUUAUGAGGUUUGGACAUGUCAGUUCCCUUAAUCCAGACAGCCUGCUUUUGGAGUGGACUGCCACCAGGGCAGAAGAAUGAAGGACCUGGAGGCUGGCUGGCCUUGGGCUGGACUGGGGAUAGGGGUGGGAAGGUCUUCACAGUCAACCCACACUUGAGUUAAAUCCUCUAAGUGUAGAACGGAGUGCUUAAUCCUGUUACUCGAGAGGGUUACCUACCAGAAAGACUGAAGAGAGAGGCUCGUGCAGAACCAAGAGUUGGUUCCCUGUGGUCCUGGGCAGAGCCCCUGCCUCUGUCCUAGAGCUUUUGCUUCAUUGACCCCUCAGCUCCUGGCCAGGCGGGUGGCACAUUCUACUUCCCACAUUCUCCAGGUUGUUUCUGCCUCUUUGAAGGGUCUUCCCUGGCAUGCCGAUUCCCGCUCGCUGCAAAGGCUCCUCUCAGCGUCGCAUCUGGGAAGGUUUCCCCGGGGCUUAGGAAGGCAGGCUCCAUCUUCUGUUGCUCAGUGCUCCCUCUGCUACUGUGCUUGCUCUGACAGCAGCAUUACGAAUUAUCUUCCCUUGUGCUGUUUCUUCAUGUGUCCCCAGCGUCUAGCACAUGGCAAUAAAAAGCACCCCCAAAUCUGGGUGUAAUAGCCAUUAUCUCAUUGCUACUUCUGAAUGUUAGGGUGUUCUUUGUUCACUUUGCAGCAGUGUGGUCUGUUCUGCCGGAGGUGUCUUCUCUUGUCACUAGCCCUGCACCACCUGCUGCUCCUCCUUAAGACUUGCCCGCAGUCACUCUGUCUACUUGGUGUCCUGCUGCCUUCUGCAGCCUCACCUUGGAGUUGUCCCUCACUUGGUCUCAGACGUUCCAGAGCACACAACCCCAGUGCACCCUGCAACCUUUUUCUAUUUUAGCAGCUCCAUGAUUAACUCCACUUUUGUCAUUUUCUUGCUCACAUUGUCAUUUGUUUGAAAACAUGUUGAGGUCUGUAGAGAAUGAUUCUAAAUACUGGAAAAAGAGUAAGGCCCCGUGCAUCCUGAAGCUGUUGAGUGCGGUGGGGAGGACCUCCUGGUGCAGUGAGUGGUGUGCUGAAGUAAGUGUGUUCUAGGUCUUGUAGGACAUUAGUGAGGAGGGGACGGCCAGUGCCAUUGGGAUCUGAGAAGCCUUCACGGAAGGGGGCGUUUUAGCUGCUCCAAAGAGGGCAGGGGGUGCUUGUCAGCUAGCGGAGAAAGAGUGACCCGGGAAAGAGAAUCCAGCGGACAGGCAGACAGAUGAAUUGCCUUGUAGUUGAGCUGUCAAAGCUGGCAAGUUCAGUAUGUGGUGAACAGCUAGCUUUGAGAUGGUACAAAACAACGUCUGCCCUUAAGGACGUGUUUUGAGUUCUUAACGUGUUCAGCAGCCCUGGAAGCCUAUAAGGGGCAGAUCAUUCUCAGCAGACAUGUGGAGUCCGCUUCCUGGGAGACGCCAUCACCUGGGUUGCAAAUGGUCGAGAAGGAGGCAUUCCCGGCCACUUUAGCCAGGACACCUACUUUAAGUGUACAGAGUUUUGGGAAAUCCCCACACGUGUAACCACCCACAAUUCAAAGUAACAUUCAUCCACGAAGUUCCCAAUCACACCCCCAAUCAGCUCAACCCCAGCCCCGCUGACCUCUUCCUGUCAGUGAGGACGAGGGCUGCUUGUCAUAGAGCCCCACCUACAUAAGUGCAGUGAGUGACAUCUUCACUUCUAAGUACAUACUCUUGUGUCUUAGACUCAACACGUUGUUUGUGUUUUAGUAGUGCUGUUUGCCAAGUGAUGUAUGGGAAGUUUGUCAUUUGUUUAUUCAUCUGUCUAUUUCUGGAAAUUUGAGUUUCCUCUUUGGACUCUUAAGAAUAAAAUUGGUAUGAAUGUGGGAAUGUAGCUUGAUGGUAGAGUGCUUGCCUAGCAUGCUCAAGGCCCUGGGAUCAUCCUAGUACCAGGGCAGCCAGAGGGAGAAUAAAACUGCUGUGAACAUUUGUGUAAGUGUAUUUAUCUGCACAUGGGGUUUUCUUUUGGGUGACUACCUACAGCUUCUAUUGCUGAGUUUUAAGAUAAUCUUAGUCCAUUCAGGCAGCUGUAACAACCUGAACUGGGAGGCUUGUAAACAAUAGGAAUUCAUUUCUUGGGGCUCUGGACACUGGGAAGUACAAGGUCAAGGUGCAGGCAGAUUUGGUGUCUGUUGAGGGUCCUCCUCUGUAGAUGGAUGCCAUGUAACCCCCUGUGGUAGAAGGAACAGGACACUUCCUCUGGCCUUAUAUAGGGGCGUAAGUUCAUUCAUGAAGGCUCUGCCCUGGAGAUAUAAUCACCUCAAAGACCUCACCUCACACCCCCACCUUGGGUCAGGAUUCCAGCGCGGAUUUGGGGUGUGUGUAAGCAUCCAGUCUGUUGCCAUGACAGUGUUCUUGAUGGGAGAUGGCCCAGCACUGGGUGCCGUUGCCGUGCUACUCUGGGUUUCCAGUUUGUGUUUGCCCAGCAUCUUGUCAUGUGAUCACUGCCAUUCCGCAUCAUCUUCCGUGAUGUGUCUCCAUGUUUUUGCUCAUUUUUAAGUUGGAUUGUCUCUGGGGAUUGAACCCAGGGUGCUUCACCACGGAGCUGCACCUCCACCUCUUUUUAUAUUUUGUUUUGA